CGGACAAAUGACGGAUCAACUGUAGAGAGUCGGAUUUCACUCCUCAAAGCAGAUAAUCAAAACACGACUAGUUUGAUUUGGUUGAAACAUUUCACAGUCCAUUUCUUCCUUCUGCUUUUCUCAUAAAGUUUCAUCAGAACCUGUGGAACUUGUAUCGAUGGGGACCCGGAAAUGAAUGCAUUGAGCGGAAGGAUCGUAACUCGCAGACAACUGGAAAGCGUAAUUACGUCUUUCAAGGUCAAGUAGUCUUCAGCAAGGCUUCAGUUUGCCCGACAUUCAAUCUUGAAGUUCGCUUAGAUAUGGGUCGGAUGUGAAUGGAGAUAUUGAAUUGGGGUGUUUUGAAUCUCUUAUACCUCCACAAUGGGUCGUUUGCCCGAAUCGCACGGUUUUACGUUAGUGUUUUUAUCACAAGAAAAUAAUUAAGUUAGGAAUAGGUAUCCACCUAAUGCCAAGCAAACAAGAUCAAGCUUGAGGUUUAAUGUGAUUACUGAAGCAGCAGUUCUGCAGAGGUUUCUUUCGCAUUCCGACGAAAACCGUGGGUCAGUCUCUCGUAGCCAUUAGAUUGGCAUUUCCACAAAUACACGCUAUUUCAUAAGAAAAAUAUACAUACAAUAAUAUAAAACAAAGAACGGAAAUAGAUCUACAGUUCGUGUUCGGAUUUUGAAUUACUGUAUCUUGUUCAGCUCUGUUUUUGUUUGUAAAAAUUGUAAAAAAAAAUGGGUAAAGAUGACGCCGAGACGACCAAACUCAAGCAAGAACUGGAGGACUUGAUCAACAAAUGCAAAGAAGACCAGAAGAAACAGCAAGAUACAACUCUGGCCGAAGCCUGCAGCGGAGUUGCUGAUGCUCCGAAAGUAAAACUCUCGACGAAGAAGAUGCUCAAAGGUCACAUCAAUAAGGUCAAUUCCGUUCAUUAUAGCGGAGACAGCAGACAUUGCGUAACGGGAUCUCUGGAUGGAAAAUUGAUAAUUUGGGAUACAUGGACCGGAAAUAAGGUGCAGGUAAUUCCACUGCGUUCUGCCUGGGUGAUGUCUGUGGCCUUUGCACCUUCAGGUAAUUUCGUAGCUUGCGGAGGAAUGGACAAUAUGUGCACCGUCUACGACGUCAACAACCGAGAUGCCACUGGGGCUGCAAAAAUCACCCGCGAACUGCUAGGCUACGAAGGUUUUCUCUCAUCUUGCAGAUUCCUCGAUGAUAAAACCAUCAUCACUGGAUCUGGAGACAUGAAAAUAUGCAUGUGGGACUUGGAAGCGGGAAAAAAGACUACAGAUUUUAAUGCACACAACGGUGAUGUGGUAAGCAUCAGUUUAGCACCUGACGGUCAAACUUACGUUACGGGUUCUGUAGACAAGACUUGUAAGCUAUGGGAUAUGCGAGAAGAAAAGGCCAGGCAGACUUUCUUUGGACACGAGGCUGACGUGAAUUCGGUUUGCUAUCAUCCAUCUGGGCAAAGUUUUGUAACGGCAUCCGAGGAUAAAACUGCACGGCUUUGGGACUUCCGUUCUGACCAACAAUUAGCUCUUUUCAAACCACCAAAUUCAAAUCCUGGAUUUACAUCUUGUGGAUUAUCAAUGAGUGGUAGAUUCAUAUUCUGCGGUAGUGACGAUAACUCAAUUCAUAUAUGGGACACAUUGAAAGUUCAGCAUAAUGGCGUAUUAGCUGGACACGAGAACAGAGUGACUUCUUUAAGCGUCGCGGGAAGUGGAAUGGCUGUAGCAAGCUGCUCUUGGGAUCAACACGUCAGAGUUUGGGUCUAAUGUUUAUAAUAUUUGUGGAAUUCUGAUCCUCAUGCACGAUGGGCCGUACGUACCGAAAAUAGUGUUCUAUGGUCACCUUAAAAAAUUAAAAUUACUUGGGAGCCACCACUCCGGCUGACCUCACAAGGUUACUUAUCAUCACAUCAACUAACAAUACAUUCAUCAGACGAGCAACAGAUUAAAAUGAUUUUAGAAUUCUGAAGAAAUUCUCAUGUAUGUCAUUUAUAUCACACUCCACACAGACGUUGAUUCAAUUUACUGAGAAAAAAAAACGACGAAAUUGAAAUUCCGUUUUUAUUGUUAAAAAGUAGGUAGUGACGUUUUUGUUUAGUAUUUAAUUUUCUCUUAUACUAGAAUAAUAAUCCGGCUGGCGGUGGGUUUCCAAUAUCGAUCCAUAUCAUAACAUGAUUUAUUCGAAGCUUCCAUAAUCCAUUCUGUAUAAGGGACUAAUGCCAAGACCUAAUCUGGAGUGGUCAAAGUUACUGCGUAAGUAAUGGAAAAGUAUGUUAGGUAUCUUUAUUUGUUACCAGUCUAAAUAAUAACUUUUAUUAUACAAUUCUUUAUAAUGUUAUUAUUGUAGUUACUUUAAUUCAUAUGUCAGUGCCUUGAAAGUAAAUUAUACAUACCUAUAACGGUAGAAACGUAUACGUAAAUUAAUGUAAUAAUUCAGUGACCUUUUCGGAGUGAUUAUUUUUCUCAAUUAUAAUAAUUAGGUGGUAUUGUUACUGAUCACAAUUCAUUAACAAUAAUUCAACAAUAACGAAUCAUAAGAGCGAUGAUUCUAAUCUAACUGUUGAUCAAAUUUUUAAUUGGGGAUACCUUUUUCUCACUCUCAAAAUUUAACACUCGAGUAUUCCAAUACGAUACUCACAACUUUUUACAUAUCACAAUCAUUUAUAAAAUUGUAUAUUACUAGUUGCGAUUUCCUUCAACCACAUACAUCUUAUUGUUAGUCGUUAAUUGUUAAUCCAUUUAUUUUAUGACACAACUGAAGUCUGUGUUUAGUCUUUGUUUUUUCAUUUUUGUUUUCUUUAAAAAAUAUCCCCGCCUUCUUUUAAACAGCGAUAUCUCAGAAUCAAGUUAUAAUGGAUUACAAUUGAUCAUAAUUCCAGUGAUUUAUAGAUAUAAGUAUAUGCCAUAAGUUUCAAUAUUGUGUAAUAUCCUAAAUAACAUCCAGUAAUUAUAUUUUUCAUAGUAAUAUAUCUCGGACUACGAUUCAAAUCAGUAUGAGAGUUAAGAAUAUAUUCUGCUGGAGUUUAGAGCUUAAACAUUUAAAGAGGGCUCAGAUUACUCCUCAUAGUAUACUAUGCUUCUACACUUUGAUUUUCUGAUAAAAUAAGGCUUAUUCAAAAUAAUAAUUCCACUUCAACUGUAGUCCGUUUCUAUUUCAUAGACAAAUAAUAAUACACUUGCCACUACUACUUUUAUUAGCCGGUAGCUAUAACAAUAAUUUAUUUGAUUUUUAAAAAUAUUACUCUGGUAUAUUUGGACCUUACAAUGACUCGUCGUUAGUUUGUUCUGUCACACUCAUCAUAUUUGCAAUUCGGUACAACUAAUAUUCCAUUAUGAGAAUUCCAUUAUAAUUCCCAUUCCAGAAUGAGAAGUAUAGACAAAAAUGUCAUGCGAGAUCUCCAAUUAAUCUUGAUUUCUUUUUUCCCCUUUUAUUAUCCCAACUAAAUAUUAUAUAAAUAUAAUUAGACGCAGGUUCAGCUUAAACAAUCGCUAUUUUGAUGGACAAAUAGAACGCGGUAUUCAAAUAAUGAAAAUGGUUUUGUGCUAGUUUAUCCAUGCAAUAAAUAUGACUGUGAGGCCAACCUGUGUUUUACUUUUAAUGACUAGAUCUUUCUAUGCAGCUGUAUUUCCCUUCUUCACUUUCUAGCUAUUGAUCCAAGCAAAUUAUAAAAUAAGAAUAGCAUAUGAACAAGGUUUAAUUAACACCUAUAAUUUUUUAUCGAUAUUUACGAUAUUCCGGCAUCUCAAAUUAAGAGACUAUAGUAAAAUAAAAAAAAGUGUACAUAGUCUUAGUAAACUUUAACAAUCAUUUAAAGAAAUGAUAAUGGAUAAAUGCGUAAACAAGAGUUUACUUUUAUGCGAUCAGCCAAACUGUGACGACGCUGAUAAAAUUUGGCCAAUGUAUUGGUUUAAUAUAAGUAGGUAUUGUAAAAUUUAUACCGUAAAUAACGUAUCACAGAAAAUGCGUAAAUGUUAACAGAUGAGUAGGCUUCUUAAAACUUCGAAAUACGUGUAUUAUAUUGAGUAUGUACAACGUUGUAAAACAUAAAAAUCUGCUAGCGAUAUGAAUAUAUGUGUAUGAUCAAUCAGCCAGCGACGAUAGAAAGCCAGACGUUAUUAAAAUGAAUUUCUCUAAUAAUUGCACCGCAUGUAGAAAUUGGCCAGAAAAUUUAACUCAUUCAUGCCAAUCGACGAGCUGAUCAGAUUUACAAAUCUAUGAUUCAUGAUGCAAUACAGCAAAUUCAAUAAAUCUUUAAUAUGUCAUA